CACGCAACGGCAACAUGUCGUUCGUCGCGCCCAUACGUUCCGUACCAUGAUCUUACUCCUACAAUCCUCAACAAAACCUAACCAUGGCCCCAAACUUACCCGACCACUACCUCUGGCUCGGCCUCGGCGUAUUCACAUUCUUCGCCAUCCACCACGUCGCCUCCGGUCUGCGCACAGUCAAACAGCUAACUGAAGUCCACCGCCCCGUCCCAAAACCGCUCGGCAUCCGGACCCCGACCUCGCAGGAAGACGCGAUCAAAACCGACUCACUACUCCUUCUCGCGCAAUCCCACAACGUCGAAAUACGGGCUUCGGCAACAAAGUUGCUGUGUGAAAGAUUCUAUGCGAACGACAGUGCAAGGCAGCUGUUAUUGAGGGAUCUAGGCAGCAGGAAGAAAGACGUGCAGCGCCGGGCGCAACUCGCGUUCCGGCUGCUGCGCGACUACGGUGUUUUCCGUGAGCGCGGGCUUUCGUACGGCUACGGAGGGAUUGAGCCGCGUGUACAGUGGAACGAUGUUGAGGUGUUGUCAGCCGGUGGAGGGCUGCGGGAGAGGGAGGAUGCUGGGGAGGACGAGAGGGAUGCGAGGAGGCGGCGGAGAGAGGCUGUGGUUAUUCAUGAUGGGGAGGGGAGAGUGGGGGAAGGGGAUGUGUGGAUGCGGGAUCGGGAGGGGGUGAUGAGUCUGGAUAUGGAGGUUGGGGAGCUGGUUAUUGAUGGUGUUGUGCAUUGA